UCAUUUCAUCCUCACUGUUACCAGCCAUAAAACAUGGCAGAACCAGCAACAAGACCAACAGUUUCCUACAAGAUCCUGACAUUUGAAGAGUACAAUGGUAUCAAAGAUAUGAUUCCUAUAAUCGCUGAAUCCAGUUCUAUCAGCACUAAAUGGAAUGGCACUGCAUUGGACUUGAAUGAUGGUUUCAUUCACCUUUCAACUCAGGCUCAAGCACUUCCAACUGUUGAUCGAUUUUUUUCAACAUUGUCUCAAGUGAUCCUUCUUGAGGUGAAUCUAGUUCAAUUAUCUGGAGAUUCUCUUCGUUGGGAAUUGGCUCCUUCUGUUCAAAAAGGUUGUAUGGAUGCUGGAAUGGGUGUCAAAGAUGCUACGAUAGCAGCUACAUUCCCUCAUAUACAUGGCGGACUGGAUCUAAAGGCUGUUGUUCGAGUUUUGGUUGUGGAGAGGCAGAUGGGCAAGGAUGGCCUCCAUGAGACUUGGAAGUCUGUUUGGCCAUUGCAUUGAUUGUUUUGGAGAGAUUGGAUUGCAAUAAUAAAC